CAACCUUGCAUGCUUUCAAUCACUCGAAGCGAAGAGAAGAAAGAGGGAAGACAAUGGGAGGAAAGCAAGUCAAGUUUCAAGAGAAGCAUCUGCGAGACUUUGAAGAGCUGACUCCUUUUAACAGAGCUGAGAUAUCUCAUGCCUUCUCCCGUUUCACAGAACUUUACAACAAGUACUACGGGCAGUCCGCCGCCCAGCCAACGGAGGACAGUCCUCACCACAUAAGAGACAACCAAGGCUUUGCUAACCCUUUAGCUGCCCUACAAGUGACACACAUCAUGGAUGAGCUACCAGAGCUUAGUAGCAACCCCUUCAAGUAUCGUAUUUGCAAAGCUUUUUGCGUUUCCAACAGCAACCUCAUGAAUUUUACCGAAUUUCUAGACAUGGUGUCAUCUUUUAGUCCAAAGGCUGACCUUGACAAGAAAAUCCAUCACGCUUUCCAAAUAUUUGAUAUGAACGGUGACGGAGUGCUUAGUCGAUCUGACCUCUACGACAUGAUGGACAUGAUGACUGGAGUUGACCUGGAGCCUUUAACUAAUCCGCAAGAGAAGGCGCAGUGGAUCAAAGUGAGACAAUGGAUAGUGGACGGCAUCUUUUAUGAGUGCAAUAAAAUUGAGGAGGUGCGAAUGGUCGAUGAGGAUGAGAUGGAGUCACAAGAGCCCAGUGGUAUCAGGAUUGAUCUCAAUCCAGGACCUGGUGAAGAAGAGGAAGACGGGGAGAAUUCUCAAGAACUACAGGAGUCACUCACAAUUGAAGACUUCCGUUACUGCAUGCAUCGUUCGCCUGACUUUAAAGACAUUUUUAGUUUUAAAAUCUAAGCUACAUAUAUAUAUUUAUUGCAUGUACUUGUACCUGUUAUUGUCAUAUUACUAUUAUACAUUAGUCUUGUUGUUAUAUUUUUAUCCUUCUGGUCCAAUUAAUGGCAUUUUUAUUUCAUUUUCAUGAUUUCAUCAAUGUUUAUUGUAA